AUGACUGAUGGCAAAUCCAGGGCUCAUAGAUAUGUUCGUCUGAUUGUGCACUGUAUCAGCCAUUGGAUAUACAAGUCGAAGGCUAUCCCCGCCAAUCCAACGUUCACAGCCAAGGAUGUCACAGUUGUGAUCCCCACCAUUCACAAUGCCUUUGAGGAGCUCCGUCCUUCACUCCAGAGCAUCCUUGCCUGCAAGCCCUACGAGUUGAUUCUUGUGACCACUUCUGGUAAAGUUGAUGCCUUGAACAAACUGGCCAAGUCUCUGGAUUUCCCCCGAAUCCGAGUUCUCAGCACCUCGAUCGCGAAUAAGCGGUUGCAGGUUUGCGCCGCUCUUCCGGAGGUGACCACAAAAAUCACCAUCAUGGCGGACGACGAUGUCACCUGGCCAAAGACUCUCAUUCCGUGGAUUCUGGCUCCGUUUGAGGAUCCCAAGCAUGGUCCCAAGAUAGGUGGUGUGGGAACCUGUCAGCGAGUGAGACGAGAGUGGGGCGCUCCUUGGAAGACCAGGAUCUUCAACUGGUUGGGAGCCGCUUACAUUGAGCGCAGAAACUUCGAGAUCUCGGCCACUCACAACAUCGACGGCGGCACAUCUUGUAUGUCUGGACGCACUGGAGCCUACCGUUCGGAGAUCCUUCAGAGCGCCGAGUUCCUUGAUGGCUUCCAGAAGGAACGUUGGGGCAAAUACAUCCUCAAUGCUGAUGACGACAACUUCGUUACUCGUUGGCUAGUGAGCCACCAGUGGAAGACGUGGAUCCAAUACAACCGCGAGUGUGAGAUCGAGACGACUCUGGAGAAUGGCAUGAAAUUCCUCUAUCAAUGCUCUCGAUGGGCGAGGAGCAACUGGCGAAGCAACUUUACAAGCUUCUUCGUAGAACGCUACGUCUGGCGGUAUGUGUCCAACAGAGCAUAG